AUGGCGGAUUCGGAAACGUUUUUAACUAGCAAUAGACGAGACUACAAAUGGCCAUAUCCAAAGCCAAUGGUUUCUAGACCUUCUGAACCUCCAGCACGCGCCAAACCUAACAAUGAUUACGUGGCUACACUAGUAGAACCUUAUUGUCACUGUGAUUUCCAUCUAUACGAACCAGAAAUGGGAAGGUACAAAAAACUGGCUCAAAAAGAAAUGCAGCUUUACAAGGAACUAGAAGAACUCAGUAAGAAGAUGGCAAUAUUAUCCAGCGAUAUCCUUGACCAUCCUUGUGACAAUGAUGAUGAAAAAAUGGAGACUAUCUAUCAAACAGAUUUUAUUAAAAAAGGCUUACCUGUUACUGCAUAUAAAAAACUGAUGGCAGCUAUCGAUUCUCCAGUAGGAAUUCCAGUUAAAGGAGAAGUUAUAGGAUUGGGUCGCGGACAGAGAGAUCCUACUAAAUUCAGGACCAGUACCUUCCCUAAACCGUUUGUAGAUGUUUGUCCACAAAUCAGUUUCCAAAGAACACCAACAGCAAUAGAUGAGUGGUUUGUACACAGAACGGGUAACAGCGAGUACUAUGAUACUAUUAACAAUAUGGGUGUUAAUAUUAUGAGGUCUCGUCAACAGUAUACUAAACCUCUGCUUACAAGUAGAGGCAAAGAAGACGACCCUUGUCGCUAA